GCCAUUUCACUUUCCCAUAAUAUCCUCCAACACAAACCGUAUUCUGCAAAAUCUUUUUCUGUACCUUUGUGGCGGGAAGCCUCUUCUCUUAAAAACCCUAAAAAGCCCCCAAAUUCUUAAUCCUCCCAUUUUGAUGCAAUGCCCAGCCAACAAGCGAAGUAAUUUUGGAUAGGAUUCUCUUACAGAAGAAUAAACAUCCACUAAGCACUCCACUCUGCACUAUGUACUGGCUUGCAACUAGAAACGUCGUCGUUUCGCUUCCCCGGUGGCGUUCCCUCGCUCUCUUGCUUCGUUCUGCAGCUCCCAGGCACUGCUCAUUCAGGCCUUCACCGACGCUUCGCUACAGCAGCAGACAGUUGGAUGGGAUUUGUUGUUUUAAAGGCCAGAAAGUUUUGAAGGGAAGCUCAAAAACCACCAAGAAAUCUAAAGCAUUAAAUGGUGCCCUCAAUGAUAGGGAUCUUUCUCACUUACUAUGGUGGAAGGAGAGGUUGGAGAGGUGCAGAAAGCCUUCAACUGUUCAGCUGGUUAAAAGGCUUACAUAUACCAAUUUGCUAGGCUUGGAUGUUAACUUGAGAAAUGGGAGUCUAAAAGAAGGAACACUCAACUGGGAGAUGUUGCAGUUUAAGUCAAGGUUUCCACGUGAAGUUUUGCUCUGCAGAGUUGGGGAAUUUUAUGAAUCCAUUGGAAUAGAUGCUUGUGUUCUUGUUGAAUAUGCAGGCUUGAAUCCUUUUGGAGGUCUGCGUUCAGAUAGCGUUCCAAGAGCUGGUUGCCCCGUAAUGAAUCUUCGGCAAACUUUAGAUGAUUUGACACUUAAUGGGUAUUCAGUGUGCAUAGUGGAGGAAGUUCAGGGUCCAACACAAGCUCGUGCUCGUAAAGGUCGUUUUAUAUCUGGGUAA